CUACACCAUUGUCGGCAUUUGCUCAGACCACAAGCACAGACGGGAGAAGGGAGAUCUAGCCAGAUAGGAAAGCAUCAUGGCUGCGAUGACAACAGAAGUCACGGCGGUUGAGGGAACGACAAGUUUCCAUGACAACGUAACACACUUGUAUGAUACAUGGGAGGAUAUAUUUAUCCACCCUCAUUGGAAGAGCUUCCCCCCAAUCCCUGAUGUGUGGCACUACACCAUCGGCGUCUACAUCACCGCUGUCGGCAUCACCGGCGUCAUCGGUAACCUCAUCGUCAUCUACAUCUUCAGCAAGACCAAGGGAUUGAGAACCCCGUCCAACAUGUUCGUGGUCAACCUGGCGUUGUCUGACCUCAUCUUCUCGGCAGUGAACGGAUUCCCCCUCCUCUCCAUCUCCGCCUUCAACAAGAGAUGGAUGUUCGGAAAAAUAGCCUGUGAGCUGUACGGACUAACGGGUGGUAUAUUCGGCUUGAUGUCCAUCAACACGCUAGCUAUGAUCGCCAUUGAUCGGUAUUUCGUCAUCACUCGUCCCUUCUCCGCCAUGAGGAACAUGACGCAACGCCGCGCCUUCCUGAUGAUCGUGGGCGUGUGGAUCUGGUCCAUCAUCUGGGCCGUCCCACCAAUCUUCGGCUGGGGCGCAUACAUCCCAGAGGGCUUCCAGACAUCUUGCACUUUCGACUACCUCACUAGGAACGACCACUUCACCUCCUACUUCAUGUGCCUCUACAUCUGCGGCUUCUGCGUGCCCGUCCUCAUCAUUCUCUUCUGCUACAUAUUCAUCAUCAGGGCAGUUUCCAACCACGGCAAAGAGAUGGCCAACAUGGGCAAGAAACUGGGCGCCAACGACCCCCGCAACACACAGAACGAGAACGAGACCAGCGCCGAGAUGAAGAUCGCCAAGAUCAGUCUGAUGAUCUUCUGCAUGUUCAUGCUGUCUUGGAUGCCAUACGCCACGGUGGGCCUGAUCGCACAGUUCGGCAACCCGAUGCUGGUGACUCCGUAUGUGUCCGAGAUCCCCGUUAUGUUCGCCAAGGCGUCCGCUAUGCACAACCCCAUCAUCUACGCCUUGAGCCAUCCUAAGUUCCGCGAUGCGCUGAACAAGCUGUUCCCCUGGAUGUUGUGCUGUUGCCAACAGACAGAGAAGGAACUUGCCCAGAACAUGGCUCACAGGAAACACACCGGCCAGACCGGAAGCACCAACAGCAACGCCUACGGUGGCAGCGUCAGCGACAUGUCCAGCUGCGUAAGCAACAUCAGCGACUCUGCGAUCGAAAUGAGCCAGCGUGGAAACAGCAAAAGAAUCAGGGACCGCGACAUCCAGGAGACCGUUCUUGCAGGUCAGGAAGCUAAUGGCGCCCUCAUCCGUGACAUCCUCCAAGCCUUCGUCGCAGUCAGCGGACCAGGAAGUCGGCCCCAGGUACCUCUCGCCUACAUGCCCCCGCAGUACUAUCAAUACGGGGUGAACCAGGAGGGAGGGGCCCCCGCUCCAGCCUCAGUGCCAGCCCCAGCAGCAGGAGCACCUACCCCCCAGCUCCCUGAUAUCUACUCCAUCACCCAGAGUGCUGCCGCUCUCGGCGUCCCCGCAGCAGCGGCCCCAAGUCCCGCAGCGACUGGGAGCCAACCCGCGGCGCCAGCCAAGGUCGAGGUUAGCAGUGAAGAAGCUUCAGACAGCGAGAAGAAAGACGCAGUAACCAUUGACACAAAAGCUGAAGUGACGGGUCACGACAACCAGACAUUCGAAAAGGAGUGAGCCGAUAGAAGUAUCUACACACCGGUUUCCUGAGGAAUGAAACGAGAUGAGUUAUCGUGUACGACGGCCUGCAAGCGUCUGAUUGGUCCUCGGACCUUCCCCGUGACCUUGCAGGAUGCGCGUGAACUAAGUGUCUAUGGACUCUGUAAGCAAAUGCCUUCCAACUGAUUGAUUACUCUGUCUCCGUCCCAAAUGAUAGCUACAGUUUUGACAAGCAACGAUACAAACAGAAAGUAAAAAGCAUGAGAUUGAGACACAGUAAGCAAUCCAAAAACAAAAGUGUUCUAAGUGAUUCCAUAUUGUCGUAAUGCCCUUGUUGUAGGUCUAACCCCAUGCUACACCCAAUAUAUCGUAGUCGGCUCAUCCAUGGUCAAGGUCAUCAGAGGGCAUGCUGGUACCUCGCAGAAACACCCUUGGGUUGUAUUGUGGAUACAAGGGUGUCGUGUGCAGUUAAAAUAAGUUGUGUUGCCUAUAUUAAAUUAUUUUUAGAAUUUUGAAUCAAAUUCGGUUUCGCUCAUAAACGAUUAGUGUACCUGAUCGCGGAUAAGCCGAAUGUGUCAACCAUACACAGCCUUUAUAAUUUACUCUCCAGACAUGUGCGAUCGUUUUCAUUUAAUUUCCCCAAUAAGUUGAAUCUGUGACUGAUGCUGAUACAGAGAAGCCAGUUCUGCCUGCGGGAAGGAUCAGUACUAAGCGCAUUAGCUGCUGGGACUGAGGCAUCACGACCUCCACAGACGUACACUGCGACAUCGUCUGACAAACAUCCUGGCCAGCACAGGCGGGUCACGUCAAAUACAAUUUUUCGCUUUUGUUACAUCUCUUCCAAAUCUUGCUUAUUUCAGUUUAGUUUUUAUUGUUAGGUUUUAUUUUAUAACAAUGUCACUUUGUAUGUUUUCUACAGAAAGAAAGGAUAUUAUCAAAGAGCUUGAGUUCAUGAAAGGUUGUGUGAAACAACGGAUUGUUGAGAACUGUUUAAUAAACCCUUUCACAAAUCUGC